AAGAAGAAGACGAGGGAGACGGAAGGAGACCGUAAAGCCACGACCUGCCUCGAGUAGCUUCUAACAGCAGAAGAGGAAAAAGAAAAGGUUACAUAACUUCCAAACGUCUUAUUUCACUGCUGCUGUCUGUGUUUAAGAAGGGGAGACCCGCCGCCGCCAUUCUCGUCAGCAGCAUAUUAGCCGUGGUAUUCAGACUUUGGCCCAGCAUAUCCUCCAUUUCAGACGGAUCGAAAUGGCGGAUGAUUUUGACGUCGAGGCCAUGCUGGAAGCGCCUUACAGAAAGGAUGAGAACAAGUCCUAUCAUGCAAAUGGACACGAUGAACACGGCAAGAAGAAGAGAAGGAGUCGGAGUAGGAGCCGUAGUCCAGGCUCAAAGAAGAAGAAAAGCCGUAGCAGGAGCAAAGACAGGAAGAAGAGCAAGAAAAGAAGCAGGAGCAGAGAUAAAAAACGCAGCCGCAGCAAGGAGCGUCAUCGCAGCGGCUCCAGAAGCAGGGAUCGGGCUGGGCGCUACAAAGCACGCAAGAGCCCCACCAUUCGAAAACGUUCCAGAAGUCGAAGUCCCUUCAAAAAAGAAAAGAGUCCUGUUAGGCAACCGAUCGACAAUCUGACACCAGAGGAAAGAGAUGCCCGCACAGUUUUCUGCAUGCAGCUUGCUGCUAGAAUCAGAGCUCGUGACCUGGAGGAUUUCUUCUCUGCUGUUGGAAAGGUCAGAGAUGUAAGAAUCAUCUCUGAUAGAAACUCUCGGAGGUCAAAGGGUAUUGCAUACAUAGAAUUUGUGGAGUCGUCUUCUGUACCUCUGGCAAUUGGACUAACUGGUCAGAGGCUUUUAGGUGUGCCCAUCAUUGUUCAGGCAUCUCAGGCAGAGAAAAAUAGAGCUGCUGCUGCAGCCAAUAACCUACAGAAGGGCAGUGCAGGUCCAAUGAGACUUUAUGUGGGUUCACUGCAUUUUAACAUCACUGAAGAAAUGCUGCGAGGGAUUUUUGAACCUUUUGGAAAGAUUGAAGGAAUCCAACUCAUGAUGGACAGUGAGACUGGGAGAUCCAAAGGAUAUGGUUUCAUAUCGUUUGCAGAUGCAGAGUGCGCAAAGAAGGCGUUGGAGCAGUUGAACGGGUUUGAGCUGGCAGGACGUCCCAUGAAGGUGGGACAUGUCACAGAACGUUCAGAUUCUUCCACGGCUAGCUCUUUCCUGGACAACGAUGAGCUGGAGAGGACCGGCAUUGACCUUGGCACAACAGGCCGUCUGCAACUCAUGGCUCGGCUGGCAGAAGGAACUGGCUUGAAAAUCCCCCCUGCUGCUCAGCAGGCUCUGCAGAUGACUGGAUCCAUACCUUUUGGGGGCAUACCUCCUCCAGCAGUUCCUACUCCUGCGCCAAACCAAGCCUUGAACCUCCCAUCACAGCCGCUGGCCACACACUGUCUGCAGCUGUCCAACCUGUUUAACCCGCAGGCAGAAAAUGAUCCUAACUGGGCCUCUGAAAUCCAAGACGAUGUGAUUGACGAAUGCAACAAGCACGGGGGAGUCGUUCACAUCUAUGUUGAUAGGAACUCUCCUCAGGGUAAUGUGUAUGUGAAGUGUCCCUCAAUACCUGCAGCAAUGGCAACAGUAAAUGCACUUCAUGGACGCUGGUUUGCAGGUAAAAUGAUAACGGCUGCUUAUGUUCCUUUACCAACCUACCACAACCUUUUCCCAGACUCAGUAACGGCAAAGCAGCUUCUAAUGCCUUCACGUCGAUAGUCUGAGACGUGUUUUGGAAAUCUGUGUAAAUAAAUUUGUUUGCAUUUCAUAAAAAUCUCAAUUGAAGCAAAGAUGCAUCGAAAUUUAGUUGGCUGUGUACUGAUGAAGUGGCCUCACAUUUAUCAAGGUUUUUGUUUUUCCUUUUUUUGAAGUUGCUUUUCAGAUUUUGUGGUUUGUGUUGUAAACUACCACUGAAAAGUAAUCUGCAGAUAUCUAUUGGUCUGUACAUUUUUAAAUAUUGUCUUAUCUGCUUGUUAAACUCAGCCAUUUUAGAUUCAUUACCUUGAAGUUACAGAAUACUGUUGGGUUAAUUGACCUAAAAUGCUGAAAGUAUAUUGAUGUCAAUGGUAAUCCUUUGUAACUUUAUACAGCCAUAAUUUCUUUUGUAUGAAGGCUUCCAAUAAAUCUGGCAAACCUCAGUUCAUCCUUUGGUUCCCAUUUGAGUUUGUCAGGCCAGGUUCAAUUUGUGAUUAAAGUCUUAAUAGCAGCA